ACGAAAGUAAAAUGGCGUUGGGGUACACUCUUCCCUCCCUGACCACUGUAAUCUGUGGAGUGUUUACAGCUUACAUUAUUCAUUCUGCCUGGACCCUGGGACAGCUUUUCAUGCCACCAUCUUGUCCAGAAUACUCUGAAUGUUUACAUCCCUUAAUUGCUCAGGAACCAAAAUUUCAGCUUUUAGCCUUUACAUCUCAGAAAAAAAUGCCAGAAUAUGCUACAGACCUCAGACUGGUGCACAGGGUACAUCAGUUUGAUUAUUUAAAGGAACAAGAAGAGUUAGUAGAAGUAUAAAAAAAGAGUCAGAAAUAAUGGCUCCUUAUAUCUUCAUAUAUUCUUAACUUCACCCUCGGUUGACCCAGAGGAUUGGGGAAGUGUUGUCAAAGAUGACCUCACUGUGUAUGCUAUGGCUCACCUCACAAAGUACCAUAUUCCUGAAGCUGCAACAAUUAAUUUACUUGGCAGAGAAGAGGAGAAGAAGCAAAAGCCCCAGUCAGGGAGAAAAAGACCAGUUACCCACUUCCAGUCGUUGGUAGUGUUUAAUAUUCUCACUGAUCCUGUCAGUCUUCCUCGUAAUGCUGUGCCAUAUGAUAUAGGUCGCUCUCUCAGGUUGGAUUCUAAUGGACAGUACCUCCCAAUCCUGUAUGUGGAUAGUCUUAGUGCACGUUUAAGAGAUUUGGUGGAAGUAGAUUUUUCAAUGAAAGAGACAAACUUGACGCUAAAAUACAGCCCAAUAUCCUAUGGAAAAAUAAGAUUAUGGAUGCAGUUUGAAGCUGCACUGCAUCCUAUGGCACAUUUAGGAUUCACAGAUAAGGACUUGGAUGAAGUGAAGGGCAUUUUCUCUGAUACAAACCUUUACUUCUUAUGUGUAACUUUUUUGGUUGCAGCCUUACAU